AUGAGGAGGCAAUGGAGAGGACUGGUGGCACAAAAUGUUCCCCAACCAGAGCAGGAAGAUCCCAGGAGGAAGUGCAAGAACUGGGGAGCCUUUGGGCACACAGCAAGAAGUAAGAGGUGCCCCAUAAAGUGCUGGAGUAGGGUUGUAGUGCCCAGAGCCUUGGGCUCAAAGAAGAUGAAGGAGAACAUGCAAGGAGAGUAUGACAGAAAAGCUCUACUCCAGAAAUUUCCCAAGAGACCCGAAGGGAAGCAGCGGCAAAAUUGGAAGGAAUCGACAGAAUCUUGUGACUACUUAAGGCAUCCUUGCAGGCCCAUGCCUGUUCACACUACCAAGAUGCAAUCUGUCCUGGACCCUUCUCUCAGAAACUGGCCACCUGUAAGGAAACCUGACCAGAAAUCCAUCUUCCCUGAAAGGUUUCCUAUCCAAGAUCACGAUCCAAACUUCUUCUCAUCUCAUGGACAAACUAAAGAAGAAGUGGAUAUCACUGGCUCUUCUCAGCCAGUAACCAAACACUUUGGCCAGGACUCUACCCUCAUGGCGAACACAACAGACAACAGAUGUGAGGCUUGUGCUUAUUAUGUUUCCCAGCCGGCCUCAAAAACCCUUGCCCUGGGCCAUGUCCUCAGACCCAAGGCACAAGCCCAGGGUCCUGAUAGGAUCUCAAAGUCCAGUCCACAGCCUGCCAGAGGUAGAAGGGGCCAGGACUCUCCACUCAGCAUUCAGGCACCAGGAAAAAGAUCUGCCCAGACCCCCAAACAGAACUGCUUGAAUCCUGCGAAGAAAGCAAAACUCACAACUCUCCAGACUGUGCAACAGAGCAGAAAGAGACCUGAUGUGGGAGCUGGCCAGCCUCUCUUCAAUUCAACUGAAUUUGGACCCAACGGGACACCCCAAGUCACCAGGAUGACUGACCUCCAGCCACCACACAGUAGACCUCAACUGAAUACUGUCGAAACCAGCCCUAUCCUUCCACCUCCACUUUCUAGCUCUGUUCCAGGACAACCACUCAGAAUUGUCUUCACAAGAAUGGAAAAUGGACAGUGGAGCUCCAGGUUCAGAACAUCUCCCACCUCUCUCCCUCCUGAGUAG